AUGGCGAAAGAUUCCCAUAUAUUGCAAAAAGGUGCUGUCCUCCAGCACAUCGCCAAAGCUCAUCCUGAGAGGUCACCUGCCUCAAGGAAGCAUGAAAUCAUGAACAACCAUUCGUUGGGAAUGCUGAACUGCCGAACACUAUCGAGUGAACUUUCAACCUGUCUAGGCUUCUGCGAGAUCUCUUGCCGCGAUGCUGAUGAGGACAAAGUAGGUGGCUGCGCUAUAGCUGUGAGGAACGAUUACAACAACCUGGUGGAGGAAUUUGACUCAACGUCGUCUAGAUGCGCCUUUGCACGACUGAGGGAUCGCAGAGGACGUAAACUCUGGAUCGUAAGUGCUUACGCACCUAUGGAAAUCGCUGAGGACAACAACAGGGACGCCUUCUAUGGUGAACUCAAUGCGUUGAUAUCUAAAAUACCGAGCCAGCAGGUGGUCAUUGUCGGAAUCGACGCGAAUGCGAAAAUGGAACUCGAACAGCAAUCCGAUGUGCUGGGAAAAUGA